AUAAAAGAAUACAAAAUGGCUACGGAAAAAAUUCAAUCGGUGACGAAGACAGACCGAAAAAAGAAUGAAAAAAGACCAAAUAAAUACAAUCCCACAAUCAAUUCUAAGCCCAAGGUGCAUGUAUAUACAGACACCUCAUCCAGCAGCGAAGACUCACAGAUAAUGGGCCACCAGGAGCACGCCAGGGUGCGGCUACGAGAUGGUUCCAUCUCCUCAUCUACUUCCACCACGUACUCUGGGACUUCCAUCACGUCUUCCUUGACUAAAUUCCGCGGCGACUUCGAAGACCUGAAAUGCAAGAUGAUCAUCUUCGGAGAGUCACUCAACCUGUGCAAUUGUAUAGCUGAGGACUUCAACAACAAGCUGAGCAUCAUGGAGAAACGACUGGAGAUUUUGGAGAAAAAACAUAGGCUUCAUAGAAACGAAAGCAACUACUCGGCGAUUAUACAGAAAAACAAAAAACUUUCAAACAAAACCCUGCAAGAUGCGAAGAAAUUACAAAUGUGCGGCACUGAGGAGGAGAUGAGGGAAGUAGCAGCCAGGAUAUGCCGCAACUACCUGUACGGAGCGUGGAAGACUGUGGAUCCUGAGCAGCUGGACUUCAGAAAGAUGAGCGGCGGUCUAUCAAACUUCCUGUACUAUGUGGCGUUACCCGACGACCUCACGAAGCUGGGACGGUAUAAGGGGCGGGAGAACUCGCCGGAGAGCGAGAAGAAGCCCAUGGCAAGAGUCAGCUCGUUCAAUUUUGAAGAGCCCAGGAGGGUGCUGUUAAGAAUAUACGGCCAGGUGCAUGGCGAGCGGGCGAUGGACGCGAUAGUGACAGAAUCUGUUAUAUUCACAUUGCUGUCAGAGAGGAGGUUGGGACCAAAAUUGUAUGGCGUAUUCUCUGGAGGGAGGAUAGAAGAGUUUAUACCCGCUCGUCCCUUAGUUAACAAGGAGUUGGGGGAACCCGCGAUUUCAAUGAAGAUCGCGGAAAAAAUGGCCGCUAUACAUUCUAUGGACGUGCCGCUGUCAAAGGGGGCCAAUUGGCUGUGGAAGACGACAGGGAAGUGGUGGAAGACAACUAAAGAAGAACGGUGGCCGAAUUUACAUGGCAAGACUGAAGAAGAGAAACGUAUACUAAAAAUACUGAAAGCUGUAGAUUUUGAUAAAGAGAUUGAAUGGCUGAAGAAAUUGACCGCUACAGUCGAGUCGCCCAUUGUUUUCUGCCACAAUGACAUGCAGGAGGGCAACAUUCUAUAUUUAGAAGACUCCGUAACAAACUCUGAGGAAGAAGAAUUCGCGCCAUUCUCAGACGCCAAGGACAAGGAGGGACGUAGUUCCAAUUUCGAGGCGAUAUUCGACGAAAGCAACAACUCCGACGACAGAGUCAGUUACACAUCGGACAACGGCGAGCCGAGAUUGGUUUUAAUCGAUUUCGAAUAUUGCGCCUAUAAUUAUAGAGCUUUCGACAUCGCGAAUCACUUCCAAGAAUGGGCAUACGAAUACACGAAUACCGAGUUCCCGUUCUAUUUCGAGAACCAAGACAACGUACCCAGUUUGGAGCAGAAGGAGAUAUUCAUAAAGGAAUAUCUGAAGCACUCCCACGCAAACCUGGACAAGGAGCCGCCAACGAUAGACGAUAUUAACCAGCUGUUCACCGAGGUGGAGGCAUUCGAGCUCGCCUCCCAUCUGUUCUGGUGCCUCUGGACCACUAACUCCAGCACAAGUCAGAUACCUUUCGGUUAUUGGCAAUACGCCAUGUCACGCUACGACAGAUAUCGUCAGCUGAAACAGGAAGUGAUAAAAAAGGACAAAAUGGGUUUACCACAAAAGAGAAAAAUCUGCGAAGUGGACAUCUGAGAGGGAUGCUCGGCUAUGACGUUGUAAAGAUGGCGGCACGGACGUUAUGCCCUCGCGUCGGUCGAGACUCGCGACUCGAUUUAGCGCGCGAAAUAAUGAAAAAUAAAAGACAAACACAAAAAUAUUAUCAAUUUUGUACAUAAAUCUCGAUAGGAUGUUUUAUAAAUGUGAUGGGAAUCAAUCAACGUCUAUAUUUGCUAUUUAAAAAAAAAGGUUCUCACUAGUUCCAUCGGUAUUUUUUUUCCAUUGACGCUUCCAAGUCAAUAGAACUACUGAGAAAAAAAAAUAACAUUUUUUUUUCUAAAAACGAAUUCAUUUGUGAAUAUGUCAGUAUAUAAUUACAUUAUAAAACUUGCAAAAACAAGAAGAACAAUUAUUGUUAUAAAAUUAAAUUAUUUUAUCCAAGUUUCAGAUUUUGGAAUUGACGUGUCACAUGGAUCUUGUAAUGUUUUUUUUUAUAUUAAGGUAAUUCAUUAGGUAAAUUAAGAGUACAAAUUAUAUACACUACGCUAAGGAUCGAGUCUGAGCAGAGUUGACGUUGAGGCAAUCAGAUUUCCAAUCUCAAAUUGCAAGAUAUUUUAACGAUAUAUGUAAAGUUUGACAAAAUUAAUAUUUUCAGUACAUGCACAAGUUGUAUAACUUAAAAACAAAUACGUAUAUAAACGUAAAAGGUAAAUAUUUUGACGAAAAUGAAAAGUUUAAUUAAAAAAUUAUAAUUUUAUCAAAUUAUACAAUUUAUAUAAAUUGUUUUAGAAAGGUGCUGUUGUGGUGUGAUAUAUGCAUAUAUUAUCAAAUAAUUUUGUUAAACUUUACAUAUAUUUAUUAUGCAUAAGUUAAUAUUUCGCACGCAGAGAUGGAAUACUUAAUUUACCACGUUUUCCCAAGCACGCGAGCUAUGGGGUGGCUUCCAAAAAAGUUACAGUACCAAUAUACGUAAUAUCAUUCCAUAAUAAUGAAAAAAUAAAAACCAAAACGUGCGUCUUAUUUACUUAUGCAACUGUAUAUACCCCUCAGUGACAUAUAGCAACUUUUUUUUAUUUAUUUGUAUAUGUAAAUUAAAGCUACAUUAUAUUAAUUAUUUAUAAAUUCUCCAAGAAAUGCACAAAAAUCAAAUUAAGCUAAAAUAUGUUAACGGAUUUUAAAAAUAGAUAUAUUAUGUAUAUAUUAUAAAAGACUAAAAAUGUACUUAUUUCUUUUUUUUUUGUAAUGCGUAAUUAAAAAAAUUAUUGCUAGCAAGCUUUGUAUUAAAUAAAAACAUUAUUUUCGCAUAGCCUUUCGGAAAGAAAAAGGUCUACUAUAUGUAAGUUUCAGGGGGCGGUUCGCAGAGCGUUUCGAGCGCUGCGCCUGCGCGGUCAUUACAAUCCGUCAAUUUUCUUGAGGAAGGAAUCAUUUCCAAAAUCAAUCAUUCAUAAAAUUGACAUUACUACAGUACAGAGUAAUUAAUAUAAAGCCAUAUAGUAAAACUCAUUCGUAUUUGUUAAAAUUUUAAAAAUUUUAAUGACAGCGCGAACGCAACGGUCGAAGCGCUCUGCGAACCACCCCAGGAAAUUUUUAUCUAUACCAGGUUUCCAAGAAGUGGGGUGUGCGUACCACAGGGGUAUAUCACUAUUGUCAUAGGGGGGUACGUGAUAAUUACAAUUAUACAGGGUUACUGGUAUCAAACGCAAAACCUCCUAAAGGCUACUUGGGUACAUCAAAACGAGCAACUUUUAUUCUAAGACUUUUCGUAGUAUUUUUUUUUUCAUGUAAAAAAAAUACAAUCUAAUUUGCGAUUCUACACAUCUUAUUCUUUAUGUAAUAGCCACGAGACAGUACAGUAGCGUUAUGUAACGGAAUCGAACAUAGAGUUAACGUUUUAUAGAAACGACAUUAAAACUAAAAUAUUUUUAAAAAUAUUUAAAAAUAUUUUUUGUAUUUAUUACGUUUAGACAAAAGUCGUAGAACAAAAGAUGUUAGUCUCUAUGUACCUUAUGCGCCUUUGGAAGGUUAUGCGUUAGAUACCAGUGACCCUGUAUAUGGGGGUACGUGGAAUAACAGGCAAUAAACCCUGGUCUAAAUUUUUUUAUUUUGGUAAAAAAGGUAAAAAACAUAUUUACAAAAGUAUACAUGAAUUUUAACAAAUUGUGUCCUUUUCGUGUAUAAUAUGAUUUAUUUAUUUACUGUGACUCGCGCAAUAUGUGAAAUCUGGCAUUUUAAUUAUAUCAUAUUAUAUAAAUUUAAUCGAAAUAUAAUUAACGCUUGUUAUUUGAAAGUAUUGUUCAUCUGGCCAGAUUAAAAAGAAUGUGACAUUCCAUUUUAUUUAAAAAAUAUUUUAUUGCAUUUUCAUUUUUGUACUCUAGCUAUAGAUUAGAGUAUGGAAAAUUGGGCAGACUGCAAGCAGUGGACUGUUUAAAUUUAAAAAAAAAGUCAUUAUAUCAGUACUUACAGAUUACUUAAUAUUUUAAUUAUUCCGCUGCUGAAUGCCGCAACUUUUUUUAUACAUAUUUUUUAAAUAUAUUCACGAUCGUAUAUAUUAUAAUACCAUGUAUAAAUUAUAUUUAGAAAUUGUGAUUUAGUUUUAAGAAACGUUACUCUAGCUAGGAAUUGAUUCAGGAUUGUUAAUAAAAAUCGUAAAAUUUAUACAAAAAAAAAUGUAAGCUCAAAAUAAAUGACGUGGUCCUUA